AUGGUUCAACAAGCAUGUGUCCGCUCCGCUCCCCGGAUCUCCCGCGGCAUUGUGCCCCUCCCACGGAGUCUGCGCAAUCUGCCACCGCGGACACGCCUCUACGUUGGCCUUACCUUUCUCGCCUGGGGCUCAAUUGGUCUAGUCCUCUCCAACCUCGCCGAGCGAAAACUCGGCCUCGAGCCAACGCCAAGCGACCAGCAGGAUCUCGAUGAGCUUCUGCCGCGGAUUGAGGUGGUGGAACGGAAGAAGUGA